AACACACAACGCACACGGAAUGAGAGUUCACUGGAAAUGAGUACAAAGAAGAUGCUAGAGAGAGUGCUUUCUGCGCGCAGAACGGCGCAAGUUGGCGAGGAAGGAGACGAGGACGACGAAUCGAAGACGAGGAAGCAAGUAUUGCUGGCCAUGAGGGCCACGAAUCACUUGACCCGAACUGGUUAUCUAUUGCCCUGUCUGGUCCUCGGUCUCGUCGUCAUCGUAGUCUCUUCUCUCAUCAUUCACUCUCGCGAUUUGGUCUGCAUUUCUUCCCCUUCAGCAUUCGACCCUGUCUCUCGCAUGCGUUUCUUCGGUUUCGACAGCCUCGAGUCCCAUUUUGGAUCUCUCGGUGUUCCCUGGUGCAGACCGAAACAUGGAAAAACCGUGGAAUGGACAAAUAAGGAUUUACUCAAAGGUCUUGAAGAGUUUGUGCCAAUAUAUGAAACACGACCUAUCAAGAACAAUAUGUAUGGGAUGGGUUUUGACCACAGCUUUGGGCUGUGGUAUAUUGCUCGAUGGCUCAAGCCUGACCUGAUGAUAGAGAGUGGUGCUUUUAAGGGGCAUUCUACUUGGGUCUUGAGGCAAGCAAUGCCAGACAAACCAAUUGUGUCUCUGACACCACGCCAUCCUGAGAAGUACCUUAAGAAAGGGCCAGCUUAUGUUGAUGGGAAUUGCACAUACUUUGCUGGAAAGGAGUUCGUUGAUUUUGGGAGUGUUAACUGGGGAAGUGUGAUGAAGAAACAUGGCGUCACAGAUCUCAGUCGGGUUCUUAUCUUCUUUGAUGACCACCAGAAUGAAUUGAAAAGACUGAAGCAGGCACUAAAAGCUGGCUUCAAGCAUCUUGUUUUUGAGGACAACUAUGAUACUGGAACUGGUGAUCAUUAUUCCUUUAGGCAGAUAUGUGAUCAAUUUUAUAUAAGAGGAGGUGGCCAUAGCUGCUUUAAAGAUAGUGAUGAAGCUAGGAUAAGAUCAAGAAGGAAGAAAUUCUGGGACAAGGCAGUGGAUAUAGAAGAGCUUUGUGGACCAGGUGAAGCGUGGUGGGGUGUCAAGGGGCAGAUGCGGGAUGAUUUUAACCACAGUAACAAGGCAAUUACCUACACACAACAUUUUCAGAACAGCAGGUUUGUAGAAUCUGUGCUAGACGUUUAUUGGGAGCUCCCCCCAGUGGCCGGUCCUUCACUUACUCAUCAAACGAGAUAUGAUCCAGCUCGUGUGUCCAGUCCUAUUGUCGAAGAUGGCAGAUUUGGGUUGUUCCAGAGGCUUGGUUUAUCCAGACUCGAGACUUCUGUAUUCAAUGGAUAUACGCAAAUGGUACAUAUUCAGAUAUCUAAACCAGAAUCUUAAAGUUGUAAGAUUUUAUCAGAGUGAGUUUUUAGGUUGCCACUGCAUAAAAACAUUGAAUCUGUCAAAUAUUAUGCACACUCCUCUACUCACAGCUGGUUUUCUUUUAUAAAUAGAAGUUGUUGACACCCUUUUGGAAUCAUGGGUUCGACUUGUAGUGGACUGUGCGAGUAUUGUGCGUUUCUAAUGUGUAUUUUCUAGACGAG